AACCACACAGCUCAGAUGCAGAGAAAGGACAAAAUUUCGGUCCUCCAAGCAAGAAAUGAUGAAUUAGAGCUCAAGCUCCAUCAUACUCAGGUUGAAAAAGAUGAAUUAGAGCUCAAGCUCCAUCAUGCUCGGGUUGAAAAAGAUGAAUUAGAGCUCAAGCUCCACCAUGCUCAGGUUGAAAAAGAUGAAUUAGUCCAUCAUGCUCAGGUUGAAAAAGAUAAGCUGCUUUUCCAAAUUGAGUUGUUAAGAAAAGGAAAGUCGUGGGUUGAGAUUGAUGUUGUUCAUGGUGAUGAGACUGGUGCUUUUCAGGGUGAUGAGACUGAUGAUGUUCAGGGCGAUGAGAUUGAUGAUGUUCAGGGCGAUGAGAUUGAUGAUGAUAGCUUCAGAAGUGAUGAGAUUGAUGAUGAGAUUGAUGAUGAUAGAGGUGGUGAUGAGACUGGUGCUGUUCAUGGUGAUGAGACUGGUGCUGUUCAGGGUGAUGAGACUGGUGAUGUUCAGGGUGCUGAGAUUGAUGAUGAUAGCUUGAGAAGUUCCAAGAGGCAGAAGAGAUCCCCUCUUGUUGAGAAGAUAAUAACUAAAAGAGGUAGAGGUCGUCCUCCUAAGCCUAAGAAGAGGUCGUCCUCCUAAGUCUAAGAAGGAAAAACCUAAAAAACCUGUAGGUCGUCCACGUAAGAGGCAUGUUGGAAGACCUAAGAAAGUCCGAUGACCAAAUAAUUAAACUGCUUUCGAAUUAAAGCAUCAUACUUAAUGUGAUCAUACUAAGAAAGUCUGAUGAUUUUGGUUGUAAGAUUAUGUUUUUGUGCUCAAGAAAUGAAAUGGGGUAUUGCUUACAAUGGCCAUAAUGGUCAGGUAAAGUGACUUAUAAUGGUCAUGAAAUGGAUGAGUUUGUUCCUUAGAGAACUUCUGGAGGGGAUUCUGCGACUUAAAAUUUUCACUUAAUUUUACACACCAUUUAUAGAUCAUAGAUGAGAAGAUAUCUAACGGUCCUUAUUCUGGGUCAAAUCUAAUUAUUAUAAUGAAUUAGCUUGGCUUAAAGCCGCGCCAGUUAUCUCCA